AUGAUUCGAAACUCUUCCUUACGUUUUAUAUGUAUUGGCGUGUUUCGGAAAGACCGUUAUUCAUCCAAUCUCGGUAGCAGAAUACAGGCAUUUCAAGCUAUUUUGGAUCGUUGGCCGGCUGACACAUGUGGUCGUAAAAUGACUUUUUCGAAUGUAAUUGCCAAAAGAAUCCAACAGGCGAUUGUCAAUCCUUCCUCUCAAGCAAAUCAAGCAUUGCUCGAUCAAGCUGAAUAUGAUAGCUUGUCCCGUAUUCUUGGGUGCAUCUGA